CUUGCCCAAUUUCCUCUAUUUGUGUUGUUUCUUUCAGCGAGCUUUAGGGUUUAUCACUUUCCUUCUUCGAUUCGAUUUUCCGAUCCUUUUUCUCGCUGUUGCUGGAGAUGGCGGAAGAGAGGAGCUUGAACGGCGAAGCGACUGGACAGGAGGAUGAGAGUUUCUUCGAUUCUGAUCAACAAGGCGAUGACGGCAAGUCCACUGAACUGAAUCGUAAGAUCGGAGAGCUCGAGUCUCAGAAUCAGGAACUGGCCAGAGAUAACGAUGACAUCAGUGGUAAAAUCGAGAGCUUGAAGGCGGAGAUCGAGGAGCUGAGAGGAGCCGAAUCCAAGGCCAGGCGUAAGAUGGGUGAGAUGGAGCGAGAGAUUGACAAGUCGGAUGAGGAGAGGAAGGUUCUUGAAGCCAUAGCUUCGAGAGCUUCGGAGUUAGAGACCGAAGUUGCACGGUUGCAGCAUGAACUGAUCACGGCUAGGACGGAAGGAGAAGACGCUACGGCGGAGGCGGAGAAGCUCCGGUCUGAGAUUUCACAGAAAGGUAAUGGAAUUGAGGAAUUGGAGAAAGAGGUCGCUGGUUUAAGGACUGUUAAGGAGGAGAAUGAGAAGAGGAUGAAGGAAUUGGAGACAAAGCUUGGUGCUUUGGAGGUGAAGGAGUUAGAGGAGAAGAACAAAAAGUUCCGAGCAGAGGAAGAGAUGAGGGAGAAGAUUGAUAAUAAGGAGAAGGAGGUGGAUGAUUUGAAGGAGAAGAUUAAGAGUUUGGAAUCAGAUGUAGCUAAAGGGAAAGCAGAGUUGCAGAAGUGGAUAACAGAGAAGAUGGUUGUGGAAGAGGCGUUGAAAGAUUCAGAGAAGAAAGUGGUGGCUUUGGAAUCAGAGAUUGUGGAGUUACAGAAACAGAUGGAUGAUGCUGAGAAGAUGAUCAGUGGAUUGAAGAAUAUGGUUGAGCCACUUAAUGGUAUUGAGUUCAAGUCAUGGUCGCCGACUGUGACUAGUGCUGGUUCUGGUGGAGCUGUGGCAGCGGUUGCAGUUGCAGUGGCGGGAGCAGCUGUUUUCUGCUACAUUUACCACUCAAGGAGGGGUUGAUUCGAGGUAGACUUGUUAUGAAUUUGAUUUCUUUGUUUCAAAAGUAUUUCCUACGUAACUUUCUUGUUAUGUGCUUGAGAAUUUGAUGGGUUUCACAAUUUUGGAGUCUUCUUUAUUGUGUGUUUGCUUACUUUUUCUUCAUUACAAAUGUUCUUGGCA